AUGUACAGUGAAAUUGAUUCUAUUGGUGAUGAAGUUUUAAGUGAUUAUGGAGAUCAUGAUGAGGAUGAUUUUGAUUCUAACACCUCUAGUAGAUCAAGUGAUGAAGUUGAAACAGAUGGAGUUCUUUUUCGAGAACUAAUUGCACAUGAAGCAGAUGCAGAAUUGCAAAUGGCUUUAGCGAUAUCCAAGUCACUGCAAGAGCAAGAAGAAAGGGAUUGUGGAACCAAAAAAGAAAGUACUGUUUUUGGAAUCAAUCGUCUACAUGUAGGACAUCAAACAGACAAAAUUCCAAGUCGAAACAAGAAAGCAAAGAGAAAUUGUGAAGUUUCUGCCCUCGUAAUUCAGUCAGAAGAAGAAAGAUUAAAGUUAAUUUCCAAAAAUAUAGCAACUUUAACAGAAACUCAUGAGAGUCAUAGUGAGGAAAGUAUGCAUGUGUUGAAUAUCCUAUGGGGUAAGAGUAGGAAUGCCUCUGCAACUGCUACUAUAUCCAGAAAAAAAGAAGAGGAUUACCUGUGGCACUUGUCAACUUCAGGAAUUAAAAAGCCAAACUCUUCAUUCUAUAUUCCUUGUCUGCAGGAAUUACUUUCACCAAGCAAAAUGUUGAAAAAGGAGUUGCAUGAAGAAGCCUUGGCAUCAGAGGAACAAGAGUCAACUGUGAAAGAUACAGAGAAUCUAUCUGAAGAUCUUCGUCAAUUUGUUGGAAACUCAAGUUUUAGUGAUGUGAAUAUUCAUAUCAAAGAUGAAAUACUGUUUGCUCACAAAGUUAUUCUGGCUGCAAGAUCAUCAGUAUUAGCAAAGGAAUUACAAGCUUGUGAUAAGUCAGAAAAUAUAACACACCUAGACUGGAAUCAUGUUUCAAAAGAUACUGCCCUUUCCUUUCUGUGUUACAUGUACAGUGGAUACUUUCCAGGAACAUCCAAUAUACAAGAAAUUUUAUCUCUUGCUGAAAGGUACAAAGUUGUGUAUCUUGUGAAACACUUACAGAGGUUGAAAAAAGACUGUGAUAUUUAUAAUGAAGAGAUAAAAUAUGAAACACAGAAGGUGGAUUCUGAUGAUGAUGAAAUGAAUGAAGUAUUUCAUUUUAUAUGUUCUCAAAAACCUGAUUUCUGUGAAGAUCUCCCAUCAAAUGAUGAAAAUUUUGAUCAGUACAGCAGAGAUGAGGAUAAAAUGUCUAUAAAUGGCUCAAAUAAAUCAUGCGAUGAUCUGCCAGAUGAGAAGGAAUCAUCAAAAAAUGUACAAACUUUGCAGGAUAAACAUUUUAACAGGUUAACAGAUAGUUCAAUACCUGGAGAAAAAAAUAUUGUGCAAGAAGAUUAUUUACUGACUUCACCAACAACAAAUGUUAACAGGUUAACAGAUAGUUCAAUACAUGGAGAAAAAAAUAUUGUGCAAGAAGAUUAUUUACUGACUUCACCAACAACAAGUGAGAGAGAAAUGAAGAAAGAGAUGGGUGACCCAUAUAUAUUAAUGGCUUCAUUUGAUGCAGAAGAUUCACAAGACACAUCAUCAUCUAACUGCAUAUUGGCUGAAUUUUCAGAUAGUGAAGAUUCCAGUGGAUCACUUCAAGAAAGAGGUUUGCAUUCUUUACAUUCUAAUGAAGAUGGUAUUAUCAAACAAACACCUCUCAUCAAAAGCAAAAGAUAUUCAAGUGUCCAACCUGAUCAGAACUCUUUUCAGCUUUAUAAUGAAAUCCCAAAAAAAGAAGAUUCAAUCCAUUUGUGUAUAAAAAAACACGAAACAGUACAAUCUUCACAAUUUGCCACUCAAUCUAACACCUUAGUACUUAAAACAAACCAUUCCGUACAUGAUACUUCAGCUUCUGAUUUUACACAUAAUAGUACUUUUUUCUCUCAGAAAAAACAUUCCUAUCAAACUAGAAAACAGAGUGAAAAUCACAUGGAACAAGAUACCUCACACUCAGUGACCAGAAGACUCAGUGCAAGCCAGCCUGUGCAGGACACUGACUGUUUUGAGAUUGAACAGUGCACAGUAAUCCAACCUGCGAAAUAUUUGACAUUUUUAGAAAUGGAAGGAAAUGAAACACAUUCUCUACCAUGUGAUGUUUCUUGUGAACCCAUAAAUGGACAAAGAAAAAAACUUAUUGUAGAAGAUCUCUCUCUCUCUUCAACUGGAACACAAAGGAGACUCCAGUCUUUGGAAGAGCCAUACAUAUUUCCUACCAAAAAAUGUGUUGAAAACCAAAAAGAUGACUUAUCGACCUUUUUUCCUACAGAAUGUGCUAGAAAACAUCCUACAAAAGAAUUAACUUUUUCACAUUCCAGAAGACAGAAUAAAACAGUGCAGAAUUUUGAUAUUUCUCAAACUAGUAAACAUAAAAUUAAGGAGAUUAUGAAUGUUACACCCCAUUCAGAGGCCUUGCAGAGUCAGCAUGAGACAACAGAGAUAUUCAUUACUGAAGGUAUUUCAGAUGAGAAUGUUGCAUAUCGGAAUACAAGUUUGUCUGAGUCUGAUUCCUGUCAUUAUGAACUCGAUGAAGAAAUGCCUUACCAUACUUCAGGUACAUGUUUGACUAAGACAGAAUAUCUUUCACAACAAUGUAGUUUCAAUGAUAGUAACUUGACAAAAAAUACAAAUAUUAAUACCCAGGAAAAUAAGCUUAACAUUUUAUCUAAAAAUAUUAACUCAUCCAAAUUAUUUAAUGAAGAUAACAUAGAGGAAAAUCAGAGCAAUCCAUAUAGCCCAAGAACUUCACCUUUAUCAGUUCCAAGAAGAGUAAAGCUGUCAACUGCUAUCUCAACUAAUUUUACUGGACACCAGAAUGAGGAUGAAAAGCAAACCAGUGACAUAGUAGGUCACUUCUGUUGGAAUAAUGAAGACAAUGUCAUAAACAGCCCCUUCAACAGAUUUUGGGAUGAUGGAUUCACUGAAACUGUUGACCUAAAUUCUACAGUAAUAAAACAGCAACAAACAAACAAUGGAGUCACAAUGGAUGUCACACCUUCAGCACCAACAACUGAAAAUCUUCCAUUUGAACAGAUUACUGGAAAUUCUUUUGUUGAUACCAAUUGUAUUAAAAAUAUAAAUACCCCUUUAUCACAUUUUAACCGUUACUAUCCAAUUUGUGAUGGAGUGAGCCCUGAGGUGGUCAAAUAUUGUCACAAAGGAUCAAAAAACAGUCGUAUUAAUCAGGAAGUAACACCAUUACCUGACUAUGAGAAGAUGACUAGAUCAGAAAUUCGUCGUGAGCUGAAUAAAAUUGGUGUUAAGUCAUUGCCAAAGAAACAAGCUAUAGCAUUACUCUUUGAUGUAUAUGAGCAGACUCACCCAUGGGAGACUGACAAUGAAGAGGAACAUGCCAAGAAAGACUUCUCUAACCAGAUUGCAACACAUGGAGAAAAGAAGAAUAUUGCUGACUGCAGAGUUUCAUCUCUUAAACAUAAUACAGAGAAGCGUUCAUGUCCCGCAGAAUACAACUCUCAAGUGUUGACUGAAACACAGCAAAAUGAGCACUCGUGUUGGCAAAAUAAUUUACUCAAAUAUUUCAGAGAAAACACUACCCUUCUUGAAAAGCUUCUUAUGUAUCAGCCAAUUAACCUGACUGAACUUUUAAAUGACAUACGAAGCCAGAAGAUCAAGAUAUCCUCAAGAAACCUGAUAAACUUUUUGGAUGAGAAGUGUAUUACUUUUACAACACCAAGAAAGAAAAGAUGCACACAAAAACAGCAGAAAAGGGCAAAAGUUUUCAAACCUGGAUGACAGACACUGUUGCAGAAUGGAAUGUAGAAUAAAAAUAUUUUCUGUUUGUUAUAUCUUUUUACAGGUAUAAUAAUUAUUGUAAUUAGAAAACAAGCAUUUUUAUUGGUGGAUGAUAAAUAAUCUGCCACAAA